AUGAAGAGCAGGAGAACAGGGUUUGCUGACGAGAUUCCGGCGGGAGGUAACCGUGUUCUUUACGGGAGGAAUGAGAAGACAUCCCAGUGGAGGCAGUCGCGGGCUUACCAAGAAGACUUCGGCGGCGUUAAAGAAGUAGAAGGGCUGACCAAACGGAAAUCUCGGCGAAGAAAGUCGCGAGCAAGUUUAGGAGACUUUGGCGACAAAGAAGAAGUCGCUGAGCGAAAUGGGAGCAAGACAAGGAGGACGAAGUCGCAACCUCUCGAAGGGUAUCUAGUCGAUGAUGAGGAAGAACGUGAUGAGCGAAAUGAGAGGAAGUCCCAGCGGCGAAAAUUUCGAGCCCACGUGUCUGUUGCGGAGGGCAAAAGGGCUGCAACGAUGAGCCGACUUCACAAGAGCUCGGUCGUCACAAAAUCACCACCGAGCGAGCGCACCAGCGCUAUAACAACACGGAGUCACAGGGAUGAAGAACGACAGUCAGAGCCAUGCGGGGUGCACAAACAAGGGGCACCUGUCUUAUUAAAUCGAAUCCGAAGGUCGCCGAGGCGGUCGAGAUAUCGAAGCGAAGCAAGCCCAACGAUUGGUGUGGUACGAUUAGACACAGCUACGUUUGCAAGAGGGGAAGUAUCUGGGGACAUGCCAUCAACACGACGUCGAAAAGGAAGGCCGAAGAAGAAUACAGAAGCCUCAAAUGAUGCUUUUACAGAAGUGAGUGGGGACUGGAUACGUUCACGUGAGGAGGGUGUGCGACAAGAUAGGAAAGGGAAUGAACGCACCAGAAAGCUUCAUGGCAUUGUCGUUGAGAAUAGGGGAAACGAAACCCAGGACUUGCCAGCGAGCGAUGGAGAAAAUGUGAUGAUGACAGAGCAGAAUCCAUCUAGGACCACAAAUAGCCCAUCACAGCGAAAACGUCGGAGGGUUCAGCGUAUUGUAGAGGAAGACUCAGAAGUAGAUGCACCACUUGAGAAGGCUACCGUGCGACGUGUGGAUGUUAGAGAUUCGGCCUGCACAGAUGCAAAUUCGGAAUCGCCAAUGAAUACACGAAAGAAGCAGCGGACUCACAUCCAAUCGGUACCAGCCAGCGGAAUCGAAAAAGGUUCAGCAGUCAAGGGUGAUGAGGUUUCCCCGACAGACAAUCCGAAACAGAAUACGAAGAAGAGCAAAUCGCGGAAUGAUGUCACAAGUCCUCAGCUCAGGACCAGAAGUCAAGGAAUGUUGCAAGGCGAGCCAUCGAGAGCGCGACUGACUAUCAGCGGUAAUCAACGAAAGCUUGUCGGCGGCAGUGACGACGAGGAUUGGGAAGCGGACACAUUGAGCGCUGACGAAUGGGAUUCAAUCAUUCAUGGCUGGAUGUUGCAAGGCCAGGUGCAGAGUAGUGGAAUGAACUGGGUGGGUCUAAGAGAAAUGUGGGACGCGCUGUGUUGUCCGUUCGGGUUGGGGAGGAAUGCGGCGCAAAUCGUACCGGAGCUGGCUGAGUGUAGACCCGCGAUGAGUGGCAAGGAUAGUGGGACUCGCGAGACUGCAAACAAGAGUGGUGCAUUAGAUGACGAGGAAACUGUUUCUGAGCAAGUCUCAGACGGAGAAGCGCUCGAAGAGAGGAAGCAAGCAGGGUGUGAAGUAGGGUGA